AUGCAGUCCCUGGCUACGGUCGACUACUACGGGCCAAUUGGGAAUGACACAUUGCAGCAAAGCCUUUGUGAUGUCUCCUGUGGCUCAUCUUUGGCUUCAUACCAUAAUGAAGUCCAACAGGCGUGCGCUGGCGACCCUGAGCCGUGGGAUGGUGUUCCGGCGGUAUGGAUCGGGAAGAUCCAGGAGACUUUGGGACAGAAAGACACUUCGUUGACUGCGCUUUCCAAAGAUCAGCUAUGCUCCACAUGCGUUCUGGCUUUGAUCCAACAAAUGCAGAAGACGGCUUAUUCAAACUACGAUGAGGCGCUUGCUACCGACUGGGCACAGAUACAGAAGACCUGUGGCACAGAGGCAUUGCCCACGGAGGUGCAACCCCCGGCGACGAACAUGACCUCGAUCCCGGGAACCGAUCAAUCCAAUCCAGAUAACACUACGUGUUUAUCAGAUCGAUACUACACCGUGAAAUCAGGAGAUAAUAUCCAAGACAUUGCUGAAGCACAAGAGGUCUCCACUGGGGCAUUAAGAAUCUUGAAUGGGAUUUUCCCGGACGGGACUAACUUGGCCGUAGAUCAAGUCUUAUGCCUUCCGAGAAAAUGUUCUAUCUACAAAGUCAAGGCCGGUGAUACUUGUGCUUCCAUUGCAUCUGCCCAGGAGAUCUCUAUCUCAAGCCUAAUCAACUACAAUCCAACGCUUAACAGGGCAUGUUCUAACCUCAUCUCCGACAAUAACAUCUGUGUUGGACCUUCUGGUGCACAAUACACCCCAACAAAAAUCCCAGGAGCAACUGCCACAAAGACAAACCAGUAUGCCACGUCUACAGUGACGCCGAGUGAUACCGCCGCGGGUGGAACUACUGACAAAUGUGGAAAAUAUCACAAAAUCUCUGCCGGUGACACUUGCGAGCAACUUUCUAUCAGAUAUUCUAUCAGUGUCGAGCUUCUCAUUGCUAUAAAUCCUUCAGCGGGCAAAGACUGUUCUGCACUUUCCCCAGGUAUCUUAUAUUGCGUCUUUCCAACUCGGGACUGGAACGCUACAGCAAGCGGCAACACGAGCACUUCGACAUAUGUCACUGCUCCAGGAGCUACACCGACUGGUUCCACUACCAAGUGUUAUGCCUGGCACAUCAUUGAAGAUGGAGAAGACUGUACAAGGCUGCAGGCGAUUUACGGGGUCUCAUUCUCGGAACUGCGUGCUUGGAACCCUCAGAUUAACCCAAUCUGCUCCAAUCUCCUGUCUAAUACUGCAUAUUGCGUCAAAGGCGAUCCCGUGGCUGCACCUACCACGACUUCGGCUGUCCCGACACCCACAUCGACCGACACGCCCCCUGGCCCAACACAAUCUGGUAUUGCAAAAAACUGCAAUCGCUGGGUGUUGCAGAAAGAAGGAGUAUACUGCGCAGACAUGGCGAAGAAUGCUGGUAUCACGCUCGAUCAGCUUUACAAGUGGAACCGGGCUCUGAAUGGAGAUUGUUCUGGACUGUGGCCUAACUAUGCCUACUGCAUCGGCGUUUCUGAGUAG